GGAAAAUGGAAAUGACAUUAACCAAGAUGGCGCCGGGAGACAGAGGAAAGUGAUGCCAGAGAGGAACAACAAGCGUCACAGCUGGCACAAAAGUGUGCAUAUAUUCUGUCUUUGCAGCUGAUUACAAGCGGACGCGUUGGACAUCUACGAGCACCUGAUAAAGAUACAUGUUCUCCGUUAACUGUUUACUUUAACAAGCGACUAAAAGUGGCUAACGUUUAGCUUUCUAACUGCGGAAGGCGACUCGGGGGAAGGCAAUAGCCCCAAGUUGAGGUGCGAUUGUUUUAAAAAGUGACGUCUCUAUAUCAUACAGCAAACGAUUUUAAGGAUUCGGUUGGACUCAAAGCAAUUGUUUGGGAAGUUACGGCGUUGAUGUGAAAAGGUGAGCUCAGGAGACAAGGAGAGGCGUCAUCUUUGCUCCUUUGACGCCAUGGCUCACUCCCCUCUUCAGAGCGCACUACCGGGGGUUCAGAACUUCAACGCUGAUCCAGAGGAACUUUUCACCAAGCAGGAGCGGAUAGGAAAAGGCUCUUUUGGAGAAGUCUUUAAAGGCAUUGACAAAAGGACUCAGAAAGUUGUGGCCAUUAAAAUUAUCGAUCUGGAGGAGGCUGAAGAUGAAAUAGAGGAUAUCCAACAAGAAAUCACAGUGUUGAGCCAGUGUGACAGUCCCUUUAUCACCAAAUACCACGGAUCUUAUCUCAAGGGUACAAAAUUAUGGAUUAUUAUGGAAUAUUUGGGAGGAGGAUCUGCUCUGGAUUUGUUGGAACCAGGUGCCUUGGAUGAAACACAGAUAGCCACAAUCCUGAGGGAAAUUCUCAGAGGGCUGGAGUAUCUGCACUCUGAAAAGAAAAUCCACAGAGAUAUCAAAGCUGCCAACGUGUUGCUGUCGGAGCAAGGCGAAGUAAAGCUGGCCGACUUCGGCGUGGCGGGGCAGUUGACCGACACACAAAUAAAGAGGAACACUUUCGUCGGAACGCCUUUCUGGAUGGCACCCGAAGUCAUAAAGCAAUCUGCCUACGACUCAAAGGCAGAUAUCUGGUCAUUAGGAAUAACAGCUAUAGAACUGGCUAAAGGAGAGCCGCCCCACUCUGAGCUUCAUCCCAUGAAAGUCUUAUUUCUCAUCCCAAAGAACAACCCGCCGACACUGGAAGGAAACUACAGUAAACCUCUGAAAGAGUUUGUGGAAGCCUGUUUAAAUAAGGAGCCUAGCUUUAGGCCAACUGCCAAAGAGUUGCUAAAGCACAAAUUUAUAGCGCGGCACGCCAAAAAGACCACCUACCUGACAGAGCUGAUCGACAGAUACAAGAGGUGGAAAUCGGAGCAGUCGCGGGAUGAUUCAAGCUCCGACGAUUCGGAUGAGGAGCUGGAGGAGGGUAGCAAACCUAAAGCUAACGAGGAGUGGAUCUUUGGCACCAUCAAGGAGCCCGUUAUAUUUGAAGAGCCGCCGGCUGAGCCUGUUCAGUUGGUUGAGCCUGUAGAGCUGAGGGUGGAGCAGCCUUCAGAAAGCCUCUCAUCACAAAGCUUAACAUCGAUAUUCUCUCCAUUGUUCUCGGAGUUGAGAGAAAAGGGUGAGACCAGUAAUGGAAAGCCAGAAGCUGCAGAGGAGCUGAGGAAAGCCAUUUUCCUGGCUGAGAACAUCCACCCGGGGAUCUGCGACUCUCUGGUUGCUGAACUACUGCAGAGGCUUCAGAGGUUUUCUGUGCUGCAGGCGGCCACCGCUCAGUGACGCUCUGUUCUGCUCUUCCACCCUGACGGCAGCAGUCUGUCCUCCUCAGCUGAGAUGAAGUCUCCCAGGAAGGUCUACAUCCCUCAUUUGCCUAAAGCAAAACCCUCCCGGCCUCCUUCCGGUCUGUUUUAUCUGCUAGAGGAGCAACAGAGGUUAAGUCAGCGGUUGCUUAUCCAGCUGUGCUCUGUUCUCCCCUCUCUGCACCCCUUUCUCAGCUGUUUUAUUUUUAGACUGGAGUUGACGAUCUUUCUAGAAGGAGUCUUGAGUUUUUGGUUUAAUGUGUGACUUUUUUGUCUUUUUCUUUUAAAAAUGUUUACACUCCCUUUUGGUUUUGGAGAGAAUCCCUCGCUCAGUUGGUUGUGUGCAUGUGGCUGUGAGAGAUAACGAGUGGGUGAAGGCGUUUUGUUGAAAACUCAGGUAUCCUGCUUUAAGUAGAUUUGGUCUUCUGGGAGAUGGAAGGAGGUCUUACCGGGUGGUUGUACAGACUUGUAAAUAAGCUUAUUUCUAUAGAUUGUUGAAAGCAUAGCAGGGCGUUUGACAUAUAACGGCCUAAAGCAAAUUAUAGGCUGUUGGGUGAAGAUUGCCUCGCUUCUGUGUGUCUUCUUCUAUCCUUCAGUGUUUGAUCUUUAUUUUCAUUCUCUCCAGUUGAUGCCCUCAUUUUGCUGUUGGAUUUUCUUCACCUUCUCCCUCUGCUGCUGUGGCUGUAAUAUUGUGGUAGAAUGUAAAAGCCGGCUGGGUUUCCGAAGCCUCCCCGCUUUAAACACUGGAUGCUGUUUCCAGCCCCUCAUUCCAGGAGGGUGGGGUUCGAGCAGGUCUGUCGGCCUCUGCCUCACCCCUCUCCCUUUUUGCUGUGUGUGAUUGCUCAGAUAAACUGAGGUUUCGUCCAUUCAUUCCAUUCAAAUGGCAGUGCCAUCAUCUUGUUCUUAAAUCAGCAGACUCUCAGUCUUCCUAGGAGCUGCGACGGUACUUGCUCCGGGUACCUUUAAUUGCACUUCGAGUAUAAAUGCCUUUACGAUAAACAAAGUAGCCAUAAUGCAGUAGCAUGACACUUGCAGUAUUUUAUUUUUGCAGGAAUGCACCGUAUUAUGGAUUGAGAACAGUCUUUGAACUCGGGUUGGU